UGGGCCUGCCCCGCCGCCGCCAUCUUUGUGCGGGGCAGCGCUUUCGCCCGGGUCACGGGAGCCGAGCAGCUGCGGGGCUUUCCCCGAUGGCUCCGCAGCAGCCCUCGUGGUUGCUGUUGUGGUUGUGGUUGCUGCUGCUGCUGCUCCCGGCGGCUCAGAGUCGACACAAGGAUUCAGGUCCAAAGUGGAAAGGAUUUAUUGACCAAAUUAACAAGUCUGUAGAGAACUACCAGCCAUGUCCAAGGGAGAAGUGCAGCUGCCACCUUGGUGUCAUGGAGAAAGAUUUGGCCCCCUUCCAAGGAGGCAUCUCCAAAGAAGUGAUGGCCAAUGUGGUUAGCCGGAAACUAGGAACACACUAUCAGAUUAUCAAGAAUGAAUUGUACAGAGAACGUGAUUGCAUGUUUCCUGCAAGGUGCAGCGGCGUAGAACACUUCAUCUUGGAAGUUAUUGACCACCUUCCUGACAUGGAGAUGGUGAUCAAUGUGCGGGAUUAUCCUCAGGUUCCUAAGUGGAUGGAACCCGUCAUUCCAGUCUUCUCCUUCAGCAAGACCUCUGAGUACCAUGAUAUCAUGUAUCCUGCAUGGACAUUUUGGGAAGGGGGACCUGCUGUUUGGCCAAUUUAUCCUACGGGUCUCGGGCGAUGGGAUCUUUUAAGAGAAGAUCUUGCAAGGUCUGCAGAGAAGUGGCCAUGGGAAAAGAAAGUAUCCAGAGGGUACUUCAGAGGAUCUAGGACAAGUCCAGAACGAGAUCCCCUAAUUCUUCUAUCUCGGGAAAACCCAGGACUCGUUGAUGCAGAGUACACUAAGAAUCAGGCCUGGAAAUCUGAGAAAGAUACUCUUGGAAAACCACCUGCUAAAGAAGUCCCACUUGUGGAUCACUGCAAGUACAAAUACUUGUUUAAUUUUCGGGGCGUAGCUGCAAGUUUCCGGUUCAAACACCUCUUCCUGUGCGGCUCACUAGUCUUCCAUGUAGGUGAGGAAUGGCAAGAAUUCUUCUAUGCACAGCUGAAGCCAUGGGUUCACUACAUCCCAGUCAAUACAGACCUCUCCAAUGUCAGGGAACUCCUACAGUUUGUGAAGGAAAAUGAUGAUCUAGCCCAAGAGAUUGCUGAGAGGGGGCGACAAUUUAUCAUCAACCACUUGCAGAUGGAUGACGUUUCCUGUUACUGGAAGAUUUUGUUGACUGAAUAUUCCAAAGCCUUGUCCUACAAAGUGAAGAAAAAGAAAGACUAUAGCAAAAUUUCCCCCAAGCCGUUGAAAACAGAACUUUAAGAACUAAUAUCAUCCUUGUGGUAGAGCAACUUAAUUUGGAUAUCUUCAUGACAAAAUGCAGAGUAUGUCAUUCAUUUGAAUGAGAUUAUACUUGCCUGUGGUAACUUGGAUGUUAUAGACUCUAAUACUAACCAAAUAACUGGUUUUCCUUAUCUUUCUGCAAUAAGAGACUCUAGAAAGAGCCAGACUCUCAGAGUCACACAAUAAUAGAACACAGACUUGGAAGCCAGAUUUGUAGUCAGAGGACCUGGAUUCUAAUCCUGGCUCCAUUGGGCAAGUUAUUAAGCUUUCUAGGCCUUGGUUUCCUUACUUAUAAAAUGAAAGUGUUAGACUAGAUGUCCUUGAAGGUCUCUUCUAGCGCUAGUCUAUGAUCAUAUAAGCAGUAUUUUUUUUCUUUAGGUUAAAUAGGGACUAAAAUCAGACUAUGAGUUUUUUAUGUCUGUGUCUUUGGAUUAGCUCUGUACAAACUAUGCCUCAUUUUACUUAUCUAGGUAAGAAUCAUGCUAGUUAUUAUUUGUGAUCACAGUGAAACGCAAAAUGUCUUUUUGGACCUUUUGGGUACAUUAUCUAAAGCAAACAAGUUGCCAUUUGGAAACAUAAUAGGUUCUGUCUCCGGAAUUCUGCUGUUUUCCUGUUGAUCAUACUAGCUAAAUUUAGCUGAUGUAUAUAAGAUACUUAGGAAUCAUUUCCUGAAAGGUCCAUAGAAACGUAAAACUAUUAUCAUGAAAUUUCUUCUUACUUUUUAAAAAAAAUGUAAAUUUUUCAAUACUUGGGGAAGAUUUUAUAUUUUUAUGUUGAAUGGAACCAGUUCUUAAUUAUUGCAAUUGGACUUCUAAUCCCAUUCCUAGUUUUCUCAUAGCUCAUUUUAUUGAGUUUAUUCAGAUACACAUUUGUUAAGCACUUACUAUGUGCCAGCUAUUGUGCUAAGCACUGGGGAGAUAAAUAAAAGCAAAAACAAGCCCUACCUUAAAGCAUUUAUAACACAUAUAUAGUUACAUAUGUACAUACAAGAUACAUACACAGUAGAUAGAAGGUAACCUUAGAGGAAAAGGCUGUGGCAAGAAAAGAAAACACUUGUUCUUUCAAAACAAUUUCAAGAAGCCAUCUACAUUUGUAUCUUUUAUAAAAAGGUAGCUGGAGCUACAUAUGCAAAACAAAUCUCUUCUAUUUACUGGAAUUGACACUAGUAAGGGUUAUCAUGAGUGUAUAUUUUGUGGGUAAUACCAAUAAUGCCCUUUAGUAAAUGUCACCACCUGAGGUUUGUAACACCUCCUACUCUAACUCACUUCUAUAUAGCAAAAAAUUUAUUUCAAUGCAAGGUCAUGUUGGACUCCUGAUUUCCUCCGACCCCCACCUCCAAACUUUUAGAUAAUAGUGAGAUUUCUAAAGAAUCCCUCCACAGUGUAAUGAAGCAUGGUGAGAAAAAAUUAGGGUUAAACCAGCAGAGUGUGGUGUCUUGGAACACAUUACUCACAACACCCUCCUCCAGUCCCUUUAUUUUAAAGAAAAAAAAAUACCCAGAGAUGACACAUAGUAAAACAUUUUCUCUGAGGAUCCUUCAUGCCAACAUUUAGAACAAUAAGUUUUUUAUUGUAUAGCUCUAGGUCUCUGGACCUUUUUUCUAUAAGGACAGACUACUGAAGAAGUACUGUCAUAAAGACUCACUUUGGGGCAUUUUGUUUUCUCUUUUGAUCUUAUUUUUUAUUUUAUUUUUACAUCUUCAUUUCCAGUUAUGUCUCUCCCCACCUCUCUUACCCAACAAGUUAUCCUUAGUAACAGAGAAAAAAAGAAGAAAAAAAAUUUAGCCUAACCAAUACAUCAACCAUGUUUCCAGUAUAAGUAAUAUCGUCACCCCUAUCCUGCCUCUGCAAAGAUGAGACAGAAUUGUAUCUUUUAAACUGUAUUCCAUAAUACUAUAUAGGAUGUUGUCAAUUACAACGUGAUCUGGUCUAUGGACUCUGUCCAAGUGAGGUUCCAGUGCCCUUGUAAAACAGGUGACAUGCUUGAACAGAACUGAUUUAAUAGUCAUUGGGGCUUAAGUUUGAAUGUGCCUUACAAUUUCAAGUUUGCUCCUGUUGUUGAGAAUGUGAUACUUUUAUGUGGAAAAGACUAGGAACAAAGAUUUUGGUUGUCACUGGGGAAGAAAGAGCCUUUUAUUUUUUUCCUUUUCUAAAGUGCUAAUCUUAGUGUUUUAAUGCUUCAACCUUUCAAUGAUAAGCAUUAGAUGUAAUAGCUGAUCACCCACUGUUUUCCUAAAAGAAAAGAGAGUCCAUAAUUAGUUCCAGCAUUUUAAUACAGGACCUUUAUUUCUUUCCCUCCAUUCACCUUCCACUUCUUUCCCUCUGGCUCUCUUCCUUUUCCUCUUUGGUUUUUAUAACAUUAGCUGGUUUUAUAAUAACAACAAAGUGAAAUUCAGUCACAUUAAAUCAGUGACUUUAUUCCAUUUGUUCAGAACUCUCUCUAGCAUGCCAAUUUUUCAUAGAAAGUUUAAUUCAGAAGUUUUAAAAGACCAAUAAUGAAGCAUACUUCCCAUCACCUAAUAAAGAGGUGAUGUACUUAUGGUGAGGAAUGUAGCAUAUGUUUUGGACAUUGCAAAUAUGGGAAUUUAUUUUUAUUAACUGCACACAUUCAUUAAAAGGAAAUUUUUUUAAUGUAGGGGGAGGCUAAGAUAGAUUUUUGUUUUUUUAAAAAAAUUAAAUUUUUAAAAAAGUUCCUUUUAGAAUUUUAUUACCCUCUGUGAUAGCACAAUUAGUGCACAAAUGAAGCAUACCUAUUUAAAUGUGAAUUAAAGGAACAUUUCAAAACAUGUAGAAGGUGGCUUUUAGUGUAUCUGAUUCAGAAAGGAAAAUCUGGAUUUCUGAGAAUUAUAGUUUUACCUGACCACUGUGUAUGUUGUAGCCAGCAUUAUGUGUCUAUAUUUGGUAUCAUAUUGAGGUGAAAAGUAAACAAAAUUACUCUACCUUUAAAA